AUGUUUCUCUUCUUUCGUAUAAUUUGUGUAGUUUUCUUGAUUGAAGUCUUGAAAUUAAAGUUUAGAUAUGGUUUUGUUCAGAAUUUCACAGCACAUCUUUUGGUUAAAAAAAUUCAAAAAAGGUUGAGACUGUAUGAAGAAGAACAGAAAACAACAAAAUACUCAUUAUAUUUGGGUCACCCGAUACUUUUAUUCAAUUUAGAAUUGACUGUAGCACUAUCAAUCAAACAAAUGUUAGCACAUUUAAUACAAGCAAUAUUUGCUUGUAGUCAUACAAUAUUUCGUUCAAUCAUUAAUAUUACAUUAUAUUCACUAUUAUCUCGAAUAUUUUUAAAUUGGUUUCGUUUUAAUAGUUUUGUAACAUUUUUGUGUACAGCAUGGUGUAUAACAAAAAUUACUAAAUAUAUUCGUCGUUUAUGGUUAAAUGCCCGAUUACAAAAUAAAAAGCCAACAGAAAAAAUUCUUGUUAAUGAAUUAAUAUGGAAAUCUGAUGAUAAUAAUGAUAAUGAAAAUGAUUUUAAAGAUAAUUGGAAUAAAUUAAUUAAAGAUGAAUAUGAACAUUUUUUCUCUGGCGUCGUUCGUAUCCCGUUUGAAAAUGGAUGGGUAUGUAUUGGUGUAAUGGUAAUUGUUAAUUAUUUAACAAACAAUGCCGGUUUCUCUUAUCUAUCCGCAUUAUUUCGAACCGUUAGCUGUGUAGUAUUGGUAUGUUGUGGUAGUUCAAUAAGAUAUCAGACAUUAAUUAAUCGAGAUAGACAAGAACAACAGUUACAACAACCAGUACAAGAUAAUGACACUACUACAAAAUAUUUAGUGCUUAGUAAUAAUGGUCCAGUGGCUGCUUAUGAAAUACAAACAUGUAAAUUGAAUAAUAAGUUUACAGUUGUUUUCUAUUCGUGUCAUUCAAAAUACAUAGAUUAUAUUACAGAUAUUGGAAUGUUUUCUAUUAAAAACAUUCUCAAUUGUGUAUCGACCUAUUGUCAUAAAUACGGUUGUUCACAAUGUCAGAUUAUAUGGAGUCUUCCUAUGUAUAAAAAUGAGUGGACACAGAUAUUACAAACCAAUCGAUUUAAACCUAAAACUGUAUGGACAGAAUUUUCCUAUUUACCGUUGGUGGAAUCAACUGUAACACAAUAUCAAUAUGAAUUUAUUUUAGAGGAGCAUAAUACUGAAAUAUCAAAUACAGACGAUACAGAAAACAAGGAUGUUGUGACAGAUCAAAUUAAUGAAUCGUCUUCAAAUAUUUGUUGA